AUGCUGGAACGGAUCGAUGAGCAAACGGCUGCCAUGUCGCAGCGAAGCGAGCGACUUAAAAUGAUGAAGCUGCAAUACCAAAUGUACUUUGCGAAAUUGGUCCAGAAUCAAACACUGCGAUGCAUCCAACAAACGACGACGGCGACGGGAGCUCCGUCAACCGCCGGUGGAGCCAUGCCGAUACCGGUUGUGUUGCAACCACAGCCGCAGGUGACCAAUCCACAGCCGACGCCCCAGAACUGGACCUUUGCCAUGGCCACACCCACGCAGGCAGGUAUGGUGCUGACGCCCCAAUUUGCGGCAGGCAUGCCCGGAACCAUGCCCUAUUCAAUGGCUACCCCCGUGGCUGCCAAUCCCGCUCCGCAUCCCGUUUACUAUCCGGAGAUGUUUGGCGGAACUGCGACAUCGCCGCUUGGCACCUCCAACUUGUUCGACUUGCGCGCCACCCUGCGCGCUUUUGAUAAUGAGAAUGCCGAUUUGCCCGAGCGCAUGCAGCCCCACUUGACAGGUGAUUAUCAGGCGGAGAUGGGCGGAAGAGCCACCCCGGCAACGCCCACGGCAGCGACAUCAAGUACAUCCAACCAGGAGAAGGGUGCACGCCAGCUGAGCAGCACUUCCUCUACGCUGGCCACAUCCUCGUUGACAUUUGAUAAAUUGCCAAAGACACCGCCAUCACCGUCGCCAUCGCUGACGUUAACUGAGCUACCGAAUGCAGGAGCAGGAGGAGGAGCAGGGCCAGGGCCAGCUGCAGCUUCUGGCCAUGACGUGGGCGGGCCACCGCAAAGGGAAGCUGACGACCUGGACCUGAACCUAGAUGCCUGGACAAAUUCACGCGUGACUAAAGUCGAGUAUGAAAAAUCACCAACUGUCGUUGGCCAUAAUGAGCCGGUCCAGAGACAUCACCAGCUCCAGCAGCAGCAAAAUCGACAGCAGCAACAUCCGCAGCAGCAGCAGCAACAGCAACAGCAACAUGACUUUGAAGCAUACUUCGGUGAGCUGAAAAUCGAUGAGCCCUGGCAGGAUAGCAACGCUGGCACCUCACCCAGUCUCCUGGAAAACAAACGCCCCCCAAGUGUGCGUUCCGGAGAAAUGGCAGGGGGAUCGGGCAUGGGAGCCAAAGUUGGCAUCAACAACGAUUUGCUGGACGAAGUCAAAGCCAGUCGGGCGGCCCUCGAAAGAGCAGCGGCUGCGGUUGAUGAGCAGUUGGCAAGGAGUAAUCAAUUGUCGCCGCCAGUGAGCCAGGAGACCACGCCGUCCUACCACCAACCUAAGCCCGGCAUGUCGAUUGAGAAUAUUGAAAAUGCCAUUUACGGCGAACGUUUGAUCGGAAAUGCGACAUCAGGAGGAGCAGGAACAACAGCAGGAGCAGGAGCUGUGGCUGGGGCAACCACACCAGCAGGCGGUGGAGCCACACCAACGCAGGGAUUUUUCGAAAAUUUGGUAAGCAACACAUCGCCCACCGAGUCGGAAAGGAGGGAGGUGGAGGAGCAACAGCAGCUGGAGCCAGAGGUGGCCGGUUACGGGCAAUACGAAGCCAGCAGUUAUGGCGAUGCCAGUGAGCCCAUCUACGCCAGCAUCGAUUCCGGCAACCUGCAACCAGAGAACGCGGCAGUGGAGCCGCUUUACAGCGAAAUCGGAAAUCCCACAGACUAUCAGGCGUACGGCACGGAUGCUGCCGGGCCUGCCGGUGAUGCACCUGCCCAGGCAACGGCAUCCGAGGUUCCAGCCGGAGCAGGAGCAGCAGCAGCAGCAGGAGCGGGGGAUAACGGUGGCGAGGUGCCUCUGCCGCAGGAGUACUCCAAUAUUGAUUACGGCAACUACGAGGCCGACCAGUAUGCGGGCGGCUACGAUCCCAAUGCCUAUCCUGGCUACAUAUAUGACGAGACCACCGGCCAGUACAUAGCCGAUCCCAAUGCGACCCAAUAUGCCCCGGAUGGCAGUUACGCAGGCCAGGAGUACGAUGCCAAUGCGGUGCAGAACUAUGACUACAGUGCGUAUGAGCAACAUCAGCAGCAGCAGCCAGAGCAGCAGCAACAGCAGCAGUCACAGGAGGAGCUGCAGCAGCAGGAAGCGUAUCCAGUGACUGAAAAGGAAACCCCGGAAGCGGAAGAAAGUCCUGCUGCUGCUCCAGCUGCCCCGGAACCCAGCCAAGCCGCCAAUAAACUCAAGCCCACAUCGAUACUCUCGACGACAGACAAACAAGCGGCGCCUAAUGAUGCGCAGCAGCAGCAGCAGCAGCAAAAGAAGAAGAAGCGCGUUAAUUUCGUUGACAGCAGCGAAACGGAUGAUAGCUCAAGCGCGAAACCGACCCCAGCCGCAAAUCCCGGACCCGCGGCAUCCACCACCAUCUCCACCUCUUCCGUAUCCGGAUCAGCCACCUCCACCGCCAUCGCGGCCAAUGCCUCCUCCUCCGUACAAAAUGCGACCACGCCCCCGGUAGGCGGCAGCGAGAGUGACUUCGAUUUUUCAACGGGCAGCGAGGCGAAGAAUUAG